AUGGCCAAUCCGAGCUUCCUCGUCGGGAUCCUAGGGAACGUGAUCUCCAUCCUCGUCUUCGCGUCUCCGAUCGCGACGUUCCGGCGGAUCGUGCGGAACAAGAGCACGGAGGACUUCAGGUGGCUGCCGUACGUCACCACCCUGCUCAGCACCAGCCUCUGGACCUUCUACGGCCUCCUCAAGCCCCACGGCCUCCUCGUCGUCACCGUCAACGGCGCCGGCGCCGCGCUCGAGGCCGUCUACGUCGCGCUCUACCUCAUCUACGCGCCCAGGGAGACCAAGGCGAAGAUGGGCAAGCUGGUGCUGGCCGUGAACGUCGGCUUCCUUGCCGCGGUCGUCGCGGUGGCGCUGCUGGCGCUGCACGGCGGCGCCCGGCUGUUCGCGGUGGGGCUGCUCUGCGCCGCGCUCACCAUUGGGAUGUACGCGGCACCGCUGGGCUCAAUGCGGACGGUGGUGAAGACCCGGAGCGUGGAGUACAUGCCCUUCUCCCUCUCCUUCUUCCUCUUCCUCAACGGCGGCGUCUGGAGCGUCUACUCCCUACUCGUCAAGGACUACUUCAUCGGGGUGCGUAGCACGCAUCCCCAACGCCAUCGGCUUCGUCCUGGGCACGGCGCAGCUGGUCCUGUACCUGGCGUACCGGAAGGCGGCGCCGGCAAGGACGACGACGACGAGGAGGCUGCUGCGGCAUCCGGGGACGAGGAGGAAGGGCUGGCGCACCUGAUGGGGCCGCCGCAGGUGGAGAUGAUGGCGCAGCAGCAGCGCGGCCGGCUGCGGCUGCACAAGGGGCAAAGCCUGCCCAAGCCGCCGACGGGCGGGCCGCUGUCGUCGCCGCGCCACGGGUUUGGGAGCAUCAUCAAGUCCCUGUCCGCCACCCCCGUCGAGCUGCACUCCGUCCUGUACCAGCACGGCCUCGGGCGCGGCCGGUUCGAGCCCGUCAAGAAGGACGACGCGGACGCGAACCACUGA